GAAAUGAAAGUGUCAGUGCUGCCACCUUUUUAUUUUGCUUGGCAGGCCGGCAAGUGAAUUCGAAGUUGUCAAAAUUGCGAACGCUUUAAUUCGGUGAAAAUGGGUGGAAGCCAAAGCCGUACGAGAAAAUUAACAGUGGAAAACGACGACCCAACUAGUGUAAUAAAAGUAUCAGACGAUGUAGUGCAGCGUAUAAAAAACAGCCAAGAAGCAAGGCCAGCAGCCCCCGAACCCACGUACCAACAGGCGCCCCCACAGCAGGCCGUGCCCGUCCAGCCCGUGUUCGUGUACGAACCCAGCGUGACCUCGGUGCAGCUUCGGCAGGCCAGUUUAGCAGAAUUGAAGAAAAACGACCACUAUUGGGAAAAUAGGCUCAAAAACCAGCAAGCAAACCACCAGAAAAUCAACGACAUUAUGGAAGCGGAGUACAAGAAGGCUAUGGAGGAAAUGGAAGUGACCGAAAAGACUAAAACUCCGUCGAGGGCUUUGCCCCCGUGUCAGGACGCCAAAGAGGCCGUCAUGAGGUGUUAUAAGGAGCACGCGAAUGAACCGAUGAAGUGUGCGAAAAUCGUGCAAGCCUUCCAGCAAUGUGUGGACUCGAAGAGGGCCAGUUUGAUCGCUAACAGGGGCUGACCAGAACUUUGUAUUCGUUUCUAGAAAACACUACAGUGGUAAGGUGUGUAUUUGUAAAUAUUAUUAAAAACAACUAUGUUA